UGUCCACCGGCGUUCAGCUGCUCCGACUCCGGCUGCAACUUCCAUAUCCAUCAAUCUUGUAUCGACCUUCCUCUUCAAAUCCACAACCGCUUCCACCCCCAAAAUCCUCUCUCUUGGACCACUAACAACUACUUAUGUAUUCCCUAUUGGCAAAUGCCGUCAGGUGAAGUUUAUCGGUGUCAUCGAUGCGAUUUUCAAAUUGACAUCAAAUGCGCCAUCGCCAACACAAAAGCCAGUGGUCUACGGUGGACGACCGGUAACGAGUUUCGACAUUUCAGCCAUCCUCAUAACCCUUCAACUAGAGCAAAGCAGAGGAACCAAUCUCUCCCCAAACCAUAUGUAAUAGUUGCAAAAAUGACCGUGGAGAGUUUCUCUAUAACUGUUCCUUGUGUGAAUUCAACCUUCAUAUCGCUUGCUUACAAUCCUUCAAACACAAAUACACAUUCGCCAAAUAUAGGAAUAGGACACAGUUUGUUUGUCGAGCAUGUGGAUAUAAGGACCAAAUAUGCUGCAUAUGGUUGCUACAACUACAAGUACAAGUACAAAUGCGACUACUUUGUCCAUUUGGGUUGUGGUCGAAACCAACGCCUCGACUUUAACUUGUCAAUGAAUGCUCUUGAUUCUGCCAAUGAUGAAGACAUCAAGAUUGAGAUUUCCGGCUCUAAGAUUCAACAUUUCAUUCAUCACCAUAGCUUGAAUUUAUUUUCCUUUGAGGAGGAGUUUAGACCGGACAAAGUUUGUGAUGGCUGUAUGAAGCGCCUUUCAGGUCCAUCUUACGGCUGUGAGGAGUGCGAUUUCUUUGUCCACAAAGAAUUUCUUGAAUUGCCUAGAAAGAAAAGGAACUUCCUUCAUCAAUAUAGGCUUAAUCUCAUAUCAAUCUCGAAUUUCGUCUUCCAAUGCAAAACAUGUCUCAAUUAUUUCAAUGGCUUUGCCUACCAUUGCAAAACAUGUCUCUCCACAUUUGACACCCAAUGCACCUUAAUCAAAAUCCUAUUUAAACACCCUGCUCACCAACACCCUUUAUCUCGACUGCACAAAUGAAGACCAUAUAUGUGAGGGUUGUGUGGAGGGGGUGAAGCAUAAGAUAGCGUUUCGAUGUGUCGACUGCAACUUCUAUUUGGACGCACCAUAUGCGACACUGCCACUUAGAGUAAGAUACAUAUUUGACCC